GGAACUAAAAAGACGAGCAUCGGCACGACUCGAGACGAGAAAGACGACACAAAAGAGAAAUAUAAUGCAAUUUUAACUGCAAUUUCUUCUUUGAUUUCGCAGAAGAAUGCCUCUACGAUUACUUUUAAGGUUUUUGAAUAAUCAGCAAGUCGUGGAGCAGUUGGCCAAUACAUCAAUAAUCCGCCGUUUUGCACAGCUAACACAUUACACUUAUAUAAGAGCAACUGUUUGGGGUAACCAAGUGCUCAACAAAAUGGCAGAAAGUACAGUAAAAGAACCAGACCAAGAGAAUCAGAAAGAUUCAGGAAGAUUGGCUUCAUUUUCCAGAACAUUCAUGGAAAACAUCCAGAAAGAAAUCGAAGCUUCACAAAAAGGGAAGAAAAAUCCUUAUGACUAAUUCACAGAUAAGACACUUGUAGAUACCUACACUGUAAAUAGUAUUUAGAGAGGAGAACUAGUGUAAAUGCAAAACCAAAAUGUAUAAUUUUCAAAUGUGGUCCUUUUGGACCAAUAUUUUUUAUGUAAAAAAUUAAUGAUUAUACAUAAUCUAUAGGUCUGCAUCACUAAAGCAAGUUUAAUUGACCAUUCAUGGAUCCAUGAAAGCCUUUAUACUAUAUUCACAAUAUUAUUAAAUUAUUGAUUUCAAAUCUGAAACGAAAAA